AUGGUGUGGGCUAUCGUUGGACACCAGUACACACAAGAUACCAAGUUCAAGGACGUGCAUGUACGGUUGACGCAAGCAUUCGCUGAGUUGGUGGCAUGCAGCAUCAAGGGCUGCAUUCACAUGGCCGAUAGGCAGCUCAACAAGCUAGCAGGGUACAUCAUGGAGCAACAAGAAGUCGACGCGAGUGACAGCGACGAUGAAAACAGUCAGAACACCCUGUUCUUCUAG